AUGUUGCGCUCGAGUAUCUCCAGAGUCGUCCGCGUUUCGCCGGUCAGACACGCACAAACGCAGGCGAUUUCAAAGGCUGCGAUCGCAGACCUACACUCGCGGUGGGAGGAUUUGCCAGCUGCUGAGCAGAACGACAUUGUCGCCAAGUUGAGCGAGAGACAGAAGUUGCCAUGGAAGGAGCUCACGGACACCGAAAAGCAGGCUGCGUGGUACAUCUCCUAUGGUGCGUGGGGUCCUAGAAGACCUGUGCAUGGCAAGGGUGACGCUGCCUUCAUUGCGAAGGGCGUUGCGCUUGGUGUUGCGCUCACUGCGCUAUGUUUCGGUCUAGUCAGAAUGGGCGCUGCUGACGCUCCAAAGACGAUGACUAAGGAAUGGCAGUUGAAGUCUGACGAGUACUUAAAGUCCAAGAACGCCAACCCAUGGGGUGGUUACUCUCAAGUCCAGUCCAAGUGA